UCCCCAGAGGACAUUUUUCUACUUGCGUCAUCAGCCUCAGCAGUAGCACUCUACACUCGCGCCUGUCAGUAUAAAUCCUGGCCAUUUUCACUGUUACCCGUCCUCCACCAAAGUCCAUGGCAGAGCCAGAACUAAACGUACUUCAGGCGAUUAACCAGAUAGCAGAGGCUCUGAGCAGCAGUGAACGCAGGAGUCUCUUCUACCUGUGUGAAAGCCCAGACACGGAUAUCAGCAUGGCUUGUGCGAAGGAAAUGCUGAAAACCAAAGUGACGUACCAUGAGAGCGGUUCCAUGUUUCUGGCAGAGCUCUUGUUACAACUGAGGCGUUUAGACAUCCUGAGGAAGGUGUGUAGAACCAGCAGAGCUGAGGUGGAGAGGAGUCUUCAGUACAGACAGGUCCUGCCAAGAUUCAGAGUACUGAUGGCUCAUAUAAGUGAGGAAAUGGCCAGUGAAGAUCUGAGCAGUAUGACAUUUCUGAUAAGUAACAUGAUACCUCGCGAGAAGAUAGAAAACGCAAAGAAUUUCCUGGACUUGGUCAUUGAACUUGAGAAGCUGGAUUUAGUUUCACCCGAAAGAGUUGACUUUGUAGAGGAAUGUUUAUCAAACAUUGGCAGGGCCGACCUUGCCAAAAAAGUGGCGACUUAUAAGGGAGGGUCAGCAGUUGCGACACCUGCACAGCAUCCUCCUCAACAGGAAAGGUGUAGGGCUUUUUGUCCACCUCCGACUCCUAAUAGUUCUUAUCCUGUGCAGGAGACACGACGGGAGCAGCUCCGUCAUAUUGGCACAGGAAACAGACCAAUACCUGUACACAGAGGGCAGAGCUGUCAGAGUCCAGUGGAUUGGUACAGUUUUAACAGUAAUCCCAGAGGAGUUUGUGUGAUCAUUGACUGUGUUGGUAAUGAUGGAGGCAUGUUGGAACAGACAUUCACAGCUCUUCAUUUCCACGUGACCCUCUACCAGUGGCUGAGUGUGGAUGACACUCUCGCAACUCUCAGAGGAAUCUCCAAACAAAGAGAGAACCUCAAAAGUGAUGGCUUCAUCUGUUGCAUCAUUAGCCGCGGCACAACAAGCCACCUCCUGGGUGUAGACUCGUACACCACGGGUCUACAUCUGGACAACAUCAGACGUCUUUUCGCUGCUGAUGUGUGUCCAAUGAUGGCUGGCAAGCCCAAACUGUUCUUCAUCCAGACCUACGGUGUCCCCCAGUACCAGCCCUCUGCCGGUCAACCCCAUCGAGAUGAGCAUAUGGAGACAGAUGGGUGUUAUGGGCAGUCAGAGAAUGAAUGCAUCCCAACAGAUGCAGACGUGUUCUGGAGUCACUGCUGGACGGACGAACGUCAGCUGGAGCAAGGACAUCAUCACUCCGUCUACCUGAAGGCUCUGACAGACGCCUUACUCAAAGGACAAAGGAGGAAAACAAAGCUUGUUGAUAUUCAUACUGAAGUGAAUGGGGCUAUCUAUGAGCACAACAGAAGGAAUCCUGCAACAAACUACCACUUAGACCUGAAACUUACUCUCAGGAAAGACCUUUACUUACAAUGAAGAUGUUGUGCAGUCACAUUCAAAUCAGUCAGACUAUGCAUGCCACCAGAAGCUUUUUCACUUUGUAUACAGAGACACCUACACCUACUUUAUUUAUUUGUAUUCAUUCUUUUUUUUUAUACAAAUUAUGGAGGAACAUUUCUGUUGCAUAUUCAUAUGGAAUUAGUAUUUCAUAUCUUGAAAAUAUGAAUUCAGAAUAUUUUGUACAGUAAUUCAUAGCGGGUAAUUUUCAAAAUAAAUCAGUAAUGAUAAAUUACAGACAACACAAAUGCCUUACAAUGGAUACACGUGUUAAUGAAUGUUGGACACAUGAAAUAUGAUUUAAUCAGACCCAACACACUGACAAGUAAUGAUAAAAAUGAUUUCUAACCUUUUUUGAAUAUGAAUAUUAUAGCAUAGUGCAGCUACCACCUCAAAGUGUAGUAUUUUAACCUGUGAAGAAAUGUGAAAAGAAGUCGUGAUGAAGUAAACACUAUGUGAUGCAUAGGCGGAGUUUGACCUUUGUGCUGGGGGGGGGCAAACAUUCUUUUUAACUGACAGUACACAGUGCAACUAUUGUGACGUGAUACUGACAUGCAGCAAUAGACAAUCGUGCCAAGCUUGAGAUAAAGUCAAACAACAAAUCACGUAGGUGUAAUCAGUUUCUCACCACUAUAAUUAACACAUAAGCUGGGUUCGAGUUAAAUAGGUGCGUUUAAUUUAACAUAUUAAACCAACAAUGUGGAUUAUAUUUUGGAUAUUGUAUUUGGAAAGUAGAGAGGACAAAGUGAUGUCACAUGUAUUUAUUAAGAAGCAAAACACAAUAGAAUUUACAUUUAUUUCUUGCACUCACUUUAUCUCACCGUCCUGCUUAAAAUAUUUAAGCAGGGCAUAACAAAAAAUGUUCUAUUUGACCUAUUUUUGGACUUAACGUACAGUAGUACGCCACCCCCAAACUCCACCUAUGAAGUCUGGUUAUUUUGCAUUUGUACUUUAUUUAUUUUGUUUUUUUAGGCUUGUCUUUUUUUCCCCUGUAAAAUGUGGCAUAUACUGUACAUACAAGUACUAUUAGUACUAAUUGGAGUAAAUACUCAUGUUAUGAA